AUGACUGAUUUUCUAUUCUUCUACGAGGAACUAGUGGAGGCGGAAGUAAAUGAUCUGACAAUGUAUGAAGAUGCAAUAGCAGCCCAUUACAAGUAUGCUAUCUCUCUCUACUCGAACAUGCUCGGGAAACAACUCGGAUCGAACAAAUACACCUUCUGGGUGAAACACUAUCCGGGUUUGGAUAAAAAUGCGUUGAAACAAGUACUUUACACUAAUCUUGGUUCCCACUUCCAAACCAUCAAGUGGUUUGUCCAGGCCCACUCUCCCUCCAACAACACCGUCGCCACCAGACAACAGCUUCACGAUCAACUUCCCUCAACAAUUCCAUCCCAUCUCAAACCGUCUCCCAAUCCUACUCUCACGCGCUCGACACAAACCAUUCCCCCUUCACUAGCCCUUCACAAAACACCGCUUCCAAUCAACCACCAACUUCAGGCCCACUCGCCCUCCAACAACACCGUCGCCACCAGACAACAGCUUCACGAUCAACUUCCCUCAACAAUUCCAUCCCAUCUCAAACUGUCUCCCAAUCCUACUCUCACAAGCUCGACACAAACCGUUCCCCCUUCACUAGCCCUUCACAAAACACCGUUUCCAAUCAACCACCAACUUCAGGCCCACUCUCCCUCCAACAACACCGUCGCCACCAGACAACAGCUUCACGAUCAACUUCCCUCAACAAUUCCAUCCCAUCUCAAACCGUCUCCCAAUCCUACUCUCACGCGCUCGACACAAACCAUUCCCCCUUCACUAGCCCUUCACAAAACACCGCUUCCAAUCAACCACCAACUUCAGGCCCACUCGCCCUCCAACAACACCGUCGCCACCAGACAACAGCUUCACGAUCAACUUCCCUCAACAAUUCCAUCCUAUCUCAAACCGGAUCCGAAUCCAACUCCCACACGCUCGACACAAACCAUUCCCCCUUCACUAGCCCUUCACAAAACACCGUUUCCAAUCACCCACCAAUUUCAGGCCCACUCGCCCUCCAACUCCAAGUUGUCUACACCCGUAGCAGUAUUUCCCGACGAAAUUUAUUCACCGACCCCCAUGAUUCCUAUACUUCCCGCCGUUCUCACUCACACUCCCAUGCCACGCCAACCCGUCACUCCCAUCACUACAGUUUCACCACACCCCACCGCUCGUCGCACCGUUCCCGUCGUUACUGUCCAAUAA